AGGAAAGGAAUAGCAGUGUAUCUGUCAUACGUAUAAAAAAACAAGUCACACCGCAAACGGCGAACCUAUAUUAUACAGAGAGAGAACUUUCUUAUCGGAUCCCUCUGUCUCUUUGCUUCUGGGAUUUCUUGGAGUGUCGCUGAUGAUCGUUGAUGUUUCUUCUCAAUUUUCCUUGAAACGAAGGAGGUUCACCAAUAUUGAUCCCAUGGAAGCUGAAGAAGCUAAGGCCAAGCUCACAGCAGCAAAAGAAAAGUUCGGGAGAGAAAUUCGUGUUUUUGAAACGUCAGCUGCUUCUUCUUCGCAAACGGAGGAGUCUGUUACUGAGGAGACAGAUGAAUUUUUUGAGUUUACAGCAGAGGAUUAUUAUCGGAUUAUGAAUGCCAAAAAGGAAGAUAAGGUUCUAAAAACACGAAAGCUUAAAGAGGCAGAACAGGCAGCCCGCAGGUCAAGGAUAACAAAGACUGUGAUCAGGGUUCGAUUUCCUGAUAAUCACACGUUAGAGGCCACUUUUCAUCCAUCAGAAACAGUUCAGAGCUUGGUUGAUCUCCUCACGAAAGUAGUUGCUCGACCAGAAUUACCAUUCUACAUAUAUACUACUCCUCCUAAGAAGCAGAUAAAAGACACGUCACAGGAUUUUUACUCUGCUGGCUUUGUUCCUGGUGCAAUUGUGUAUUUUUCAUAUAAUAUACCAAAAGAUGGUGCUUCAGAUGCCAAGUCAGGUCCCUUCCUUCAGGAAGAGAUCAUGUCUUUGAAAGGUUUGGAACUCCUCACUAAACAUGCAGAGCCUGUUGAAUCUGCACCAGAAACGAUACCAGAGGCAUCACCUCCUGUUGUUCAAGAGAAGAAGCCUGCAGAGAAAAAACCUGUUAAGCCAAAGUGGCUGAAACUGUGACAUGAAUCACAUGAGUUCUGUAAAUUGAUGAGAGCAACUCCCUAUCUUUAAGAUUGUGCUGAGUCUGACCCUUAUUUGAUGGCCGCAACUUGCCGUCGGAUAAUUGUUGCAUAUUUGCUUUGCUAAGGUGGUUCUUAUUUUCUAAAACAAUAUAUGAAUGUUAACCAUAUAUGAAAUGUUAGUGACUGUGCUGCUAAUUAUUUUGCCUUUUCA